GCAGAGCAGGGCGGAGCCUAGGCUCUAGGCGGCGGCGGCAGCUGGUGUGGGGCUGCUUAGAUGCGCCACGGCUUCAGUAGCGACGGCCUCUCUAGCUGGGUCUGAGCCUCGCCAGCCCCUCCCCCAGGAGACUGUUGCAGUCGGCCAGCCGCUGCUCCACUGUAACCAUGUGCGACCGAAAGGCGGUGAUCAAAAAUGCCGAUAUGUCGGAGGAGAUGCAACAGGACUCCGUGGAAUGUGCCACUCAGGCGUUGGAGAAAUAUAACAUAGAAAAGGACAUUGCGGCCCAUAUUAAGAAGGAGUUUGACAAGAAGUACAACCCCACCUGGCACUGCAUCGUGGGGAGGAACUUCGGUAGUUACGUGACACAUGAAACCAAACACUUCAUCUACUUCUACCUGGGCCAGGUGGCCAUUCUUCUGUUCAAAUCGGGUUAAAAGCAUGGACUGUACUACACACCCAGUGAUCCAUCCAAAAAUAAGGAUUGCAGCCUAAAUUCCAAAUACCAGAGACUGAAAUCUUCAGCCUUGCCUAAAGGAACACCUUGAUCUUGAACCUUUAUUGUGUUGUUUUGUACAGGGUAUUCGCUGUACUCAUUUGUUGUGGUUAUAAAACAAUUAGCAAAGAAGCUUACAUUUGUAUUUAUUUUCUAUUCCAUACCUCUCUGCCCCAUGUUUUUUCUCCUCAAAAUCCAUUCCUUUCCCAAAAUAAAAUUUGCCGGAGAA